GCAGAGGAGCAGCUGGACUUUCCGCAACUGAACCGACUCUCUUCAGAAAGUUUGAAACGAUGGCGAGCUCGAAGACUCUGUUCGCUUUCGGAGCCCUAGCCCUCCUUGCCUCGUCGGCCUUCGCAGACGACGUCGUUGUGCUCACGGAGGACAACUUCGAGAAGGAGGUCGGUCAAGAUCGCGCCGCUCUCGUCGAGUUCUACGCUCCCUGGUGUGGUCACUGUAAGAAGCUUGCACCGGAGUAUGAGAAGCUCGGCUCAAGUUUUAAGAAAGCAAAAUCGAUUUUAAUCGCAAAGGUUGAUUGUGAUGAGCACAAGGGCGUUUGUGGCAAGUAUGGAGUUUCCGGCUACCCCACAAUUCAAUGGUUUCCUAAAGGGUCCCUAGAACCCAAAAAGUAUGAAGGUGCCCGUAAUGCAGAAGCUCUUGCUGAGUUUGUGAAUAAGGAAGGAGGGACCAAUGUGAAGAUUGCUGCAGCCCCAUCCCAUGUUGUGGUACUUACGCAGGAUAACUUUAAUGAGGUUGUCCUGGAUGAAACAAAAGAUGUGCUGGUGGAGUUCUAUGCACCAUGGUGUGGACAUUGCAAAUCCCUUGCUCCUACUUAUGAGAAGGUUGCCUCAGCAUUUAAGUUGGAGGACGGUGUGGUGAUUGCUAAUCUUGAUGCUGACAAAUACAAGGAUUUAGCUGAAAAGUACGGUGUUAGUGGAUAUCCCACAUUGAAAUUCUUCCCAAAGAACAAGAAGGAGGGUGAAGAGUAUGGUGGCGGCAGAGAUUUGGAGGAUUUUGUAGAUUUCAUUAAUGAGAAAUCUGGCUCCAGCAGAGACGCAAAAGGACAACUUACUUCCAAAGCUGGCAUUGUUGAAAAUUUGGACGAAUUAGUAAAGGAGUUUGUGAAAUCUAGCGACGAUGAGAAGAAGGCAAUCUUUUCCAAGAUAGAAGAGGAAGUUGGGAAACUUGAGGGUUCGGCUGCAAGAUACGGUAACAUAUACUUGAAAGCUGCCAAAAAGUCUUUGGAGAAAGGUGCUGAUUAUGCAAAGAAUGAAAUUCAGCGACUUGAGCGCAUACUCGAAAAGUCUGUCAACCCAAUAAAGGCCGACGAGUUUACUCUCAAGAAGAACAUUCUAUACACCUUUGCUUCAUCUUCAUGAAGAGGCACUUCCGACGCAGCACGCAGGGAGGAAUCUGUAAACCUAAUUUUGGUGAAGUCGUCUCCCAAUUUCUCCGGAUCUUGGGAAGAGAGAGGUUUUUCAGUGUACUAUUUACACAUCUUCUUCUUGACAUCUUUGUGCUUUUAAUUUAUCAUUUGUAGUAGUGAAGGAUAGCCUGCAUACUAUUAACAAUAAUCUAGUGUUCUUUUUGCAUCGAA